GCUAAUACAUAAUACAAUGCUAUUGAGAUAAAUAUUUUUUAAAUAAGAUAUAUUGAGAUAAUAAAUUAAAAUAUAGUACUAGUAUUUAAAUAUUUUAUAAAAAAUUGCUAGCAUUAGGUUGUUGUUGUCUUCAAUGUUGAGCUGCGAUGGCUUUGAGAAAUCGCCAGCUAUGUGAGCAAACGAGGAUAAUGAUUCACUACUAUAGAUUUUACAGUUCGAAACCAAAAGUAGAUUUGAGGAAGCUAAGGCCAAUGAUUCUUAAGAGGAUUGAGGACAGAGCUAAAGAUUAUCCAGUUAAAUCUAUGGUUCCUGUUGCUCAACAAGUAUUUAAGGCUCGAACAAUUCUUUACCAUGGCGUUUCCGCUUUAAUGCAACGUUUUCCCACUUGGGCAUGCAAAUACUGCCCAGAAGUAUAUAUUGGCGAGAGUGGUCAUCUAAUACGAACUUGUCAUGGUUACCGGCGGCGUGCUAAGAAUCAGCCUCAUGAGUGGAUUAGAGGAAGCUUGAAUGAUAUUCUAGUUCCAGUAGAGGCAUUCCAUUUGCGAACCAUGUUUCAGAAUGUAAUCAAUCACCAAGAAAGAUUUGAUUAUGAUCGCAUUCCAGCAGUUGUGGAGCUGUGCUUGCAAGCAGGGGCUGUUCCUAGUGAAGAAAUUAUAUGCGGAAGUAGCUUGCCCUCAACUGUUCCGUUUCAAGCUGACUGUUUGUCUGAUGAUGAUUUGAUGUUGUUGGGAAGAGAAACCUUGAAGGCAUGGGAAACACUUAGAUCUGGAGUUCAGAGGCUGUUGUUGGUUUAUCCAGCAAAGGUCUGUGAACAUUGCUCAGAAGUUCAUAUAGGACCUUCUGGACAUAAAGCUCGUCUUUGUGGCGUAUUUAAGUUUGAAAGUUGGCGAGGAAGUCACUUUUGGAAGAAGGCACAAGUGGAUCAUUUGGUUCCUCCAAAAAUAGUAUGGUACCACCGACCCCAGGAUCCUCCAUUACUCUUGGAUGAUGGGCGGAACUACUAUGGGCAUGCUCCCGCUGUUGUUGAUCUAUGUUCUAAGGCUGGAAUAAUUGCUCCUUCCAAGUACCAUUGCAUGAUGAAACUUGAAGGUCUAUCAGCCCCGUCUAUGUGAAAGGAAUAAUGGGAUCUUUUCCUGCUCUUAUUGGUGGUUACCCAACAACCAGAAGGCGGGUCUAAAUUGGGUGAUUCUUUUGAAGUCGGACUUUCUAUUGUUAUUCGGGCAACCUAAAACUUUAUGGAUAGAGACGAAAGAUUGGGGUUAUAUUGCUCUCAAAAUUGGCUCUAGCAUCGAAAUAUUUCAUGAAGACAGAAUAUCUUGUUGAUAUUCAUGGGAGAUCUCUUCGUACUAUACUUGAGCAAUUCUCAUCCAUGGAGCAUUACAAUUUGGUUGGCUAGCCACUUAAAUCCUUUUCUGGGUACUUCAAGAUCCAAAUAGGGAAAUCGAACUGAAGUACAAUGGCGCAGAAGGAAGAGAAAGAGCAGCUGAAAGUGUGAUGUUCUCCGGACUUACAUUUUACUCUUCACGGUCAGGAACACACUUGCUCAGGCAAAUAGGCAUUACUCAUUAGUUCCCAUUGCAUAGAUUCUGCAUUUUCAGCUUUUCUAGUUAAUUAUAUAUAUAAUCUUUUAAGAGAAAAAGUAGUUUUUAGCUGAUUCUCACAGCAACUGUUCUUCAUAGAUAACUAUUUUUGUCUGCUUGUCUGGUAUGCUCAGCGAAUACACCUGUCUGCUUUAGUGGAAUGAAGUUUAACCUAAUUUGGCUUCAAGAAGUGCCAUCCUGUGUUAAAUUCAUGCUUCAGUUUGCAAAACUUGCUUGUGUGCAUAUGUAACAUUACUUUUGUUUGCAGUGAAAUGGAAGUGGAUGGCCAUUUCUGUUUAGAAUAAACUAUCUUUAGAGGUAGAAUAUGUCAUCUUAGUAGUGUCCAACAGGCUGCGGUUUGCAUACUUCAUUACUAUUGAGUUCAGAGUCAGUUUGUAACAGAUAUUGUCAAACCAUUGUUGUGGUCUUUGAACUGCAGUAGAUGUUUCACAUUAACUAAAUUUUGUCCCUAUAAUGUUUCAUACAUAUAUAUAGUAACUAAAUUCUGUCCCUAUAAUGCAAUAUGGAUUCAUCAGCUAAAAUCUGUAUUUGAUUCCGGUUGUUUUGUAACAAAGUUAUCUGAGUUCUUGAUGGCAAUUGAAAAGUUCAACCAGCAUUCAUUUAAAGGAAGAUUUUUGAAACCAAAAUAACAUGAUUUGAUUAUGAUCUUUGACUGUAAUAACUUUUAUUAGACACUUCUAACGUGUGGACUGGGAGAUUAGUGGCUGGAUUUUCUAAGUUUUUAGACUCCUAAUAUCAACAUUUUUCCAAUUACGUCUUGAAAGUGUCACAUACUAUUGAUUUAAGUUUCCAUUGCAUAAUUUCAUUCACGGUGCAGUCAUUUUGCAGCCAACUGCAACACAGUGACUAUCUGGCAUAAACUCAUUUGAUAUUUGUGAUACCAACAUGAAAGAAGAUGAGAUGACCCUGCUUUAACCUGGCAUGAGUUGAGUUCUCACAGAUAUGCUAUUUUUCAGACAAUGCAAAUUGAGUUCCUGUGGAAACCUUCUUUACAAUCCAUGAUAAUGUCCCCCAGAACAAGCACACAAGACAAAUAAAAACAAACCACUCAACAAAACACAAGAGAUAAAAAUGCAGGUGGUAGUCGAGAUUAUGACAGGGACAAUCUUCAAUGUCCAAGUAGGAAACAAUGCAACAGUGCAAGAUUUGAAGAUAGCAAUACACAAUCAAGAAAAUGUCCCCGGUGAUCGCCUCAUCCUGCUACUCGACAUAGGUGAUGAUCAUCUGAUGAUGAAUGAUGAUCAAAAAACCCUUAGUGAAUACGGGGUCCAAGAUGGCUCUCGUCUCUACGCGUUUUUUAAACCCCUUGAAGUUGGGGCUGAGAGUGAAACUGAGGACGAAAGAGAUAAUAAUAAUAACGAUGAUGACAGUAGCAGCUCCUCUCCUGAAACUCCGCGUGAAGAUACUACUGUUGAAUCACCAGAGUAUAUCGAUAUCUCAGAUUAGCUAUAUAAGAGUGAACUCCUACAGUAUCCAUUCCACUUUGUCCAGUCGUAUUUCAUUCCAAGACAUUCUAUUACAGCAACUAAGUUAUAAAGUCGUCUAGUAUUACAUCUUAACUUAGAAACAGGUAUCGUGUUGUUAUGAUCCAUUGCAAAGUCCCACGGUACUACAAAGUAUUGGUGUGGGGUAUUUAUAGCCUUGGGCUCUCCCACCUUAAUAGCUAACUUUUGGAGUGCGGUUCUCCUAAGGUUGCAACACGUGUAUUCAGAAAACAGGCCUCGUAUUGGCAUCUCCUUUUUUCUAGAAUUGUGUAAUGAAAUGAUGCUCUCAAUACUGAAUAUUUCACUGUCCAUGCA